GCUUUUCGACAAUAAUUUAAUAUUAUUAGAAAGUUGGCACUGAAAUAAUCUAAAUACAUAUGUUUUUGAAAUAGUGAUAACAAAAAUUAAUGAGACAUGAGUUACCUUUGCUUUGGGUAGUUUUAAGUUUGACCUUUCUUUAAAAUCCUAACUUAUUCACUUGUUUAAGUUAUAGCUUAAGCGAAACAUUUAAAAUAUAAAUUACAUAAUGGCAUCCACAAAAUUCACAACAGUCGUGAGGUCAUUAAGCUCAACCUCAUCCCAAGGAAUGGUCAAACCCCCAAUCAAAGUAUUUGGCAUUGAAGGGCGUUAUGCCACUGCUUUGUUUUCCGCUGGUAGCAAACAAAAUAAAUUGGAAUCCAUUGAAAAAGAUUUAAUUAAAUUUCAGACUGCACUGAAAUCCGAUAAAGUCCUUAUGGAAUUUGUUGAUAACCCAAUUAACAAACGGGCAUUAAAGGCUAGUACUUUACAAUUGGCUGCAAAGAAACUUGCUCUUUCACCUCCGUCAUCCAAUUUUUUGAGCAUGUUGGCUGAAAAUGGAAGAUUGAAAAAACUAAAUUCAAUCAUUAACAGUUUCAAAAUUAUCAUGGCUGCACACCGAGGAGACCUGCCAUGUAUUGUGACAACUGCUAAGCCUUUGGAUUCAGCUGAACAACAGGAACUUAAAAAGACAUUACAAGCAUUUUCGAAAAAAGGAGAGACAAUUAAGUUAGAAUUAAAAGUUGAUCCUUCACUUAUUGGUGGAAUGGUAGUUAGCAUUGGUGACAAUAUGUCGAUAUGAGUGUUGCUACAAAAAUUAAGAAAUACACUGAAAUUAUUAAGGAUGCCGUUUAAAUUCAAAUACAAUGUUUAGUCAAAGUAAAAAAUGGAAUAUUUUAGUGUGUACUAAUUAUUAUAAAACAACAUUGUAAAUUUAUAAUAUCUUUUUUUUUUUAAUUCUGCCAUUAAAAAUUCUAUAGUAUUUACAAAUAA